GAUCCAGAUGACUGACAGAUUGAAGAGGUCUGCAACGACCAGUCCUGGUUCUGGUCUUGCUUCUGUUCCUGGUCCUGUUUCUGGUUCUGGUUCUGGUAGUGGUCCUGGUCCUGGUUCCGGUCCUGCUUAUGGUCCUGUUUCUAGUCCUUGUCCUUUUCCCAGUCCUGGUCCUGGUCCUGGUAGGGAUCAGACUCUGUCCACCAUUGACCCUGCUGCUCUGCAGGCGGCUGCCCCCCCCCUCAAGGAAGAGGAGUAUGAAGGUCUGAGGAUGAAGAGCAGCAGCUUUGUUUUACUGGAGAGACACCGCAGGAAACGCAUCACUCAGAGCUGCAGCACGCUGCGGCAGCUGCUACCCACAAUCCCCAGUGGCAGAGUUGACAUGGCGACCGUGCUGGAAACUACGGUGGCUUUUUUGGAGACAGUCCAGGAAGUAGUCGCAGCCCAAGACCAACACAUACAGGUACAAAACACCAGGAAGUAG